AUUUUCUAUAUUGUAUCCUUAUCAGACGUAUUUGAAGUUAUUCGCAAUUAAAUAUUGUAAGAAUGAAGUGCAGAAAAAAGGAGUUAAAAAAAAGGGAUUUUCCAAUAUUUCCAAAUUGACCAAUCAAAAUUACUGUUUUAAAAUCAAGGAGGUUGGAAAAUGGCAGGUGCCACAUUGGAUGCCAAAGGAUGGCAUUUAAGUACAGAGGGUAUUGAACAGUGUGUUGGUGAAAAUGCCAGAAAAGAUGACAAGAUUAUCGAUGUUGCCAAAGAUACUGAUUUCAAAGAAAUAGGAAGGAAAUGGUUACCAGAUGAUGUUAGUAAAGUCAGCUGUGAAUAUGUUGAAGGUCCAGGGGUGUUACAAAUACAGAAGAUUAGAAAUGUAGCAGCCCCUAAAGAUAAUGAGGAAUCUCAAGGAGCCCCCAGACUGCUGAAACUGACCCUUACUGAUGGUCAUCUUAACUGUAAUGGUGUGGAAACAGAAAAACUGGAUAAGUUUGGAGUAAACGUACCACCAGGAACUAAAGUACUAUUAAAGGGAACAGUAGCAGUAGAACAUGGAAUUCUGUUGUUGAACAAUAAGAAUUGUCACCUGAUUGGUGGACGUGUGGAGAAAAUGGCAGAAAACUGGGAACUUAAAAAGAUGUUAUCUAAACAAUCCAAACUGAGAGGUGUGACAGAAGGAGGUCCCCCUCCAUUUGUUCCUUUUGGGCAUAAAAUACAACAAGUCAAACCUGCAACUCAGAAAGAUAAUUUUAAGUCCCUAGCAACAAAGAAGGAAGAAAAGAAAGAGGAAGGAGAAUUUGAACAACAGAGACAGGCAACGAUUGCUGAAGCUCUGCAAGCCAAGGAAGAAAAGACAAAAACAUUUGGUGGUGGACAAAAACAGGUUGGCUCUGAUAAAGAUAUUGCAAGAAUUAUGGAGAUGGGAUUUUCUGCUGAUCAGGCCAGUAAUUCUCUAAAGCAAAACAAUGGGAACUUCCAACUAGCUGUCAAUGAUCUCCUACAAGGAAGGGGAGGAGCCAGGCAGAACCAAUAUGGUAGUGAUAGACAAGGUCCAUCAACAAGAGGCGGGAAAGGAGAUUUCCAGGGGAGACCACCCAGGGAAGAUAGGAGAGAAGGUCGUGGCAGACGACAGAGAGAUGAAGAUUCUGAGGAAAUGUCCAGUAAACCAUCAGCUCCAGUUACUCUGUUUGAUUUCUUAGCUAAAAGUAAUAAAAUACCUGUGGGAAGUAAAGAAAAUAAAGAGAACAAAGAUUCAAAAUCCAGCAAUAGUGUGCCUUCUAAAUCUAUGCAAUACUCAAACGACGGCAGCAGGCAGGGUGAUAGAGGUUAUAAACCAAAAUAUCAAGACAAUUCAUCUAGUUACGACCGACAAAAUUCACAAAAUGAUAGACGAAACUUUGAUAGCAGACCAAAAUCUAGUCCCGCAUUUAAUCCACAACAAUCCUCUAACUAUGAUAAUAAAUCUCAGCGACCUGGAAGUGGUUACGAUCGUAAUAAACAACCAGAUAAAUUUGACAGAGGUCAAAGUGGUUAUGAUCGUAAUAAACAACCAGAUAAAUUUGACAGAGGUCAAAGUGGUUAUGAUCGUAAUAAACAACCAGAUAAAUUUGAUAGAGGUCAAAGUGGUUAUGAGCGAAAUAAACAACCAGAUAAAUUUGACAAAGGCCAGAGGUCACAACAGACAAAUAAUGACAGAAACUUUCAACAAAGUAAAGGUGAUGGGCAGUAUAGUAAUAAUCGUCAAAAUUAUAACAAUGAUAAAGUAACAAGAAACGAUAGGCCACAAAAUUACGACAAAAGGUCAGAGCAAGGGUCAAAUACUAGUGAUAGAAACUUUCAAGACAGUAGACAACCAAAUCAAAAAGGAAAUGAUCGAGAACAGAAUUAUGAUGGACGAUCAGAUAAAAGUCGUAAUUUCAACGACCGAGGUUCACAAAAUGAAAACCGCAGUUCAAAUGUAAAUAAUUAUGAUAGCAGAGACUCUCAAAAAAGAAAUCCUGGAGAUUAUAGUUCUGGUAGAACAGAACAAAGAGACAGUAAUUAUACCCCAAGUAAUAGGAAAGAUGGACAAAAUAACAAAUCACAAACUAACUAUAAAGGAAAGUCAGAAAACAGUGACCAGUUGUAUCAAGGACAAAACUACAAAGGAAAAUCAGAAAACAGUGACCAGUCGUAUCAAGGGCAAACAAAUGAUUUUAAAUCAAGGAAAAAUGAACCCAUUAAUAAUGAACUACAACAGUAUCAAGCAACUGCUGGUGAGACUAAGACCUGGAAAGAAGGAGAACACUGCUUAGCCAAAUAUUGGGAAGAUAAUCAGUAUUAUCAUGCUGUGAUACACCAGUGUAUACAGAAUUUUGCCGUUGUUUUAUUUCUGGAAUAUGGAAAUCAUGAGGAAGUUAAAUUAACAGAUAUAAAACCACUGCCUAAAGUACAAGCAUUGGCACUACCAGACUUCAGUAUGCCACCACCUGGGAUGUUUGCUUAUAACGUACCCCCACCAGCUAAUCAACCAACCAAUGCCAGCCAAAUACAAAGCAUGGAAUUUAGACGGAAGAAGCCUGAUAAUGAUAAACCAACCAUGCAAUAUUAUCAACCACCAAAACAACGAUAUAAUUAAAUUCAUACUCAAUAAAAUUGACAUUAUUUAUUGAA